CGAAGUGAAAACAACAUGAAACCGGUCGCUACUUUUAACUGCGCACGACUGAUAUUUAUGGUCGUUAUUUGUUUGACUUAUGGCGAGGUUCAAGGACAAUAUGGACAAGUUGCUGGCGCGUGGAAUAUUACCUACCAGAAUGGUGGCAACGAGCAACAGCUAACCAUUUCCAAUGACAUACAGUACGUAAAUUUAGUAAUACUCAAUGUGGACCUUACUACAGGAGCAGACUUUUAUUUCGAAGUGCACGCUAGCGACCCGAAAUUAGCGUCAAUCGAAAAACGCAUUGAACGAAGUGAGUUAACGGGUACGCCAGCUUCAUGGCAGGGCUCUGUGCCGGUACAAACGCGGCACUUUGGUUUUACAAGUAUUUAUGUGACACUAAACAGAAGUGACGGCGCUAGCGUGGAACGUUCUCCCGUCGACCUAACGCUUAUCAUAGCGCGCAGAGACCGUUUAGAUGAGAAAAUUUUCGCUUAUACCGCCUCGGCGCUCUUGUUGUUGAUGUUUCUGAAUUUGGGUGGCGUGUUGGAUUUGGAACGUUUGAAGGCGAUUCUGUUGCGACCGAUUGCUGUGACCAUCGGAUUUUGUACUAGUUAUAUUUUAAUGCCAGUACUGGCUAUUGCCAUCGGCUACUGUUUCCUGGCCAAACAUCAAGAGCUGCAUUUGGCGCUAUUUUUCACAGCACUGUCGCCCAGCGGCGGUUUGGCGAAUAUUUGUGCGAUUUUCCUCAAAGGUAAUGUUAAUCUCUCGAUUGCCACGACAACGAUCAACAGUCUUAUGUCGUUGGCGAUAUUUCCGCUGUGGAUACUUAUUCUGGUGCGAACAAUCUUCACAAACACCGAACUGGAUGUGCCGUUUUUGGAUCUUGCCGGCAGCGCUUUAGCAUUGGUCUGCGCCAUCGCUUUGGGUAUGCUGUCGCGCGUUUUCUUACCGAAGACGACAGCAUAUAUUUUCCGAUUCCUCAAACCGUUCUGUGCGUGCGUCAGUUUGGGUCUAAUUGCCAUGACGGUGGUCAUAAAUGCGUUUGCGUUCAAAGAACUAACCGGAAUGAUUUACUUAGCGGCUCUCUUCUUGCCCAUAUGUGGUUAUUUUCUCUCUUAUGGCAUUGCAAAGCUGUUACGCUGUUCCGCCGCAGACGCGCUAACAAUCUCCGUCGAGACGAGUGUCCUAAAUAUGACCGUGCCCAUUAUGUUGCUGCAACAUUGCUUCGACGAAGUGAGAGCCGACAUGACGCUUAUCGUGCCAAUUACGGCUGCUCUCAAUUCUUUGGCAAUGAUGAUUGUCAUUUAUACCGUACGUCGAAUAUUCGGUUGGAAUAAGAACCUUGAUGGUGAUGCUUUUGCUUCCAAAGUGGAGCUCAUAAGUUUCGACGAAAAUAUUAAAGAGGAAGUCAUUGUUUCGCAUAUAUCAUAUAAAAACGAGAAAAGCGCAUUAUAACAGUAAAAAAGUUAGACCAUAUAUUUUUUAGAAUCUUAUGAAAUCAAUUUACGCAUCGAAAUUUUUAUUUAUACAAACGAAGCUUGCAAUAACUUGUGAGUUCAAAAUUUGCGAUUGGAUUUCCGUUCUUUGUGAAGCAAUCGACUCACCCUAAUGAACGGCAAUUCAACGCAAAAAAUGUCGAGAGUUGUCUGAGUUGAAUCGACGUAAAAGAGGCCCAGACAGUUUGAGGCAAUAUUUAUAACAUUAAAUUAACAUAGAUACGAGUUAUUUAAUUAUAGCUGUUAAUUGGUAUAUAAUUUAAGUAUCGAUACUCGACCCCAUAACAGCAAAAUCAAUUUCAA